GGCCUCCUCGACAACAGCCUAUACACACAAGGAAACAAGGACUUCCCCUAAAGCCUAUACACGCAGCACUCAGACCAGACAGAAAUGGCAGACUCAACAACCCCAACCGCAGAGGUGCCACCUUACCAUCUUCGCCCCUGUCAGAUGUCGUUCAGGAGUUCUACUCCUCCCUCAAUGAAAAGAACAGCAAAAGGCUGGAUAAGUUGAUUGCCCCUGAUUGCGUCAUCGAGGAUACCGCAUAUUAUAAGCCACUGGAUGUCAAGUGUACCCGUAUCUACUUCAAAAGACUGAUGGAAUCCAUGGGAGAGAAUGUCAAAUUUGCCACCGAUGAGGUUUGUCAAGGUGCAGAGCACACCGCGGCAGUAAUGUGGCACCUUGAAUGGAAUGGAUACACCAUCCCCUUUACCAAGGGCUGCAGCUUCUACAUAUGUUCAGAAAAUGGAGCGGUGCUUCUUAUCAGGAAAGUUCAUAUCUUUGAUGAGUCACCACUGAAACCAGGAAAAUGGGCAUUGGAAAUACUCAAUAUUGUCACCAACUUACUCAACAUGUUCCCAAAAAUAGCUGAAGGUUUCCUCAAGGAUCCAGAAGCAGUAGUUCAACCUUUCGUAAAGCUCUACAAGUUCUAUGUGGAGCCUUUUAUCCUCCCAUUUCUAGCAUACUAUACCCACUUUUGGACAUAUGUGGCUCGAGGAUUGACUGUGGUGCUCCAUAUCUUGUAUAACUUAAUUAAACGGCUCAUAUAAAGAGCUGGAAUGACUGAAAUUCAGGAAAAU